AUGGCCGUAGAUUCUCUUCGCACGCGGCUGUUCAGCGAAGCCCAGCUCAGGAGCUUCUCAAAUUAUUACAAUUAUCCUCCAAAAAGUCGACCUGCCGCAGAUUUGAGCCCAAGAGCUUGUCGAGCUUUUCAAGAACCACUUUCCGACGACGGCGAGAACAAAUUACUGAAACAACCAGGUAUGUUAUCGUUGAGGAAGAGAAUAGAAGAUUCUAUUCUUCGUGUGGAGAUGUUAGCUCCCACGGCAUUGGAAUUCGAGGUAUCUAAGCACAUCAAUCAGGAAGAAGUUAUUCGAGAUUACGACUUGUGGGAUGACCUAAGUAAAUCAAAUGAGAUCCUGAACGAGCUGGCCGAAAGUGCCAAGGUGGUUGAUACUCUCAAGGAUCUCACGAAAGAAGAAAGGGAAAAUGGCGGAGGGUUUAUCUCCAUAAGAAACGCACGCGAAGGGUCUGACUCGGUUCAGUAG